AUGCUUUUGUGGAUUCACGCACUUUUAUUGGUCCUUCUUUCUUUGUCAGCUUCUUACAAACAGGUUUUGGUAAGGGGUCAAGCUCUCGACACUAGACCACAAACAUGUGCGGAGUGGACAGGUGCCGAAUGCGCUUGGGAACCCAAUCUCCAGGCCAUGAAUGCGGACUUUGGGCGUUUCAAUGAGACCUUCUACGCUUAUGUUGUUCCUGAUGUCGCUACCUUUUACAAUAAGACACCAGGAAGUCUACAACCGACGAUGUCCACAUUCAAAGGGAUGUUUGGAAAGUUCACAAACCUCUCACCAGACACUAUCCGCGUUUCUUGGAUUUCUGGCAAAAAAAAUGAUGCGCCCGUGUACAUUUCCGACGUUUCUCCCUUCGAUUCUGCAGGAACCGCAACCUAUGUGGGUCACCAGUUUAUAGUAACGGAUCGCAAGUCAAACACUCUAUUAACAAAGUGGACGAUGGUGCAAGGAAAUUCGCUGUACUUCUACGACCCUUUUGAUUUUGAUAUUCGGAAAGCUCUGAAGGCGCUGACUGCGGAACAGUUACCGUUGUAUAAUAUGCAGCUCCAAAACAAAAUGUUCGCGGAGCAGUACAAGACUUUUACGGGAACUGACUGGUUGGCUUUGUACAGACAAAAGUUCGCCCCCCGAUUUCACAUGUGGCGAGCCGAUGCGAUCGGACAAACGUAUACAAUCGAAACGAACGAAAUACAUUUCGUCGAUUUCCCAGAUGAGGCCGAGUUAGCCAGGGGAACUUCGAUAUAUGGUCCUCGCCCAGAUGAGCGGGACCGAAUGCGUCGUCUGCGAGCUCGGGAUCCGACCAUGAAUAUGACCAUGACAGUCUUAUCGUGUGUCCCACGUGUGUUUGAAGUCAAGGAUUUCUUGUCAGAUAUGGAAGUAGAGCACCUACUUAAUAUUGCGUCCAAAAGAAAGCUAAAACGAUCAACAAUGCAUGCAGGUGGAUCCUCAGAAGCUACCACCAACGACGACACUCGUACUUCAACAAACGAUUGGAUUCCACGGCACCAGGAUCUGAUAACAGAUACCAUAUACCGUCGCGCAGCCGAUUUGCUUCAAAUGGAUGAAGCUUUACUACGUUGGCGACGCAAGUCAGAAAUCCCAGAGUUUACCGAAUCACAUAUUAGCAUCUCAGAACGACUGCAGCUCGUCAACUAUCAAGUCGGCCAGCAAUAUACGCCACAUCAUGAUUUUACAAUGCCGGGUUUGGUCAAUAUGCAGCCUUCGCGAUUUGCCACACUUUUGUUCUAUCUCAAUGACGAUAUGGAUGGCGGGGAAACUGCUUUUCCGCGAUGGCUUCAUGCGGAUGAAGAAGGCGGAUCACUUAAGGUGAAGCCGGAAAAGGGUAAAGCAAUUCUUUUCUACAAUCUGUUACCAGACGGAAACUACGACGAGAGAAGUGAACAUGCAGCACUCCCAGUGCGUAGAGGGGAAAAAUGGCUCACUAAUUUGGUACGUGCUUCUCGAGCGCUGGAAGUUGAUCCGCUUUCUGGCUCACAAUAA